UUUACUUUCGAGCUGUUGCAUAAGCAGUAUCAAAAUCAUAAUAAUACCUAAAAUAAUUAUAAAAGGAAAUAAUGCGUUGGAUAUCUAAUUUUAUGAGAGACGUGUUUUCGCCGCAAUGUAGAGCACGUAACUUCAAGGAAAUCGUUGAACAACAUAUUCGUGGAGCCGGCCUUUGGCAUGGUCCUGACUCUUAUGCUGUUCACCGAAUAGCAAAAUUGUUCAUAUUUUGUUUUCUAUGUACAAAUUUGUCCCAAAUAAUAGCGCUUUUUUUGGCCAAAGGUGAUCCAAAGGCACUUUUUGCUGGCAUUAGCGUUUUGUCAUUUUGUAUGAUGGGAUUCCUGAAACUGUGGUCUCUAUUUAGUAACGAGAAACGUUGGUGCUUCAUUAUUAACCAAGCAUUGACUUUGGAAAACGAACAAUUACACAACUAUUCUCCUGAUGACUAUGAAUCUGACGACGAAGAGAAACACAGUUUUACUAAACACAUCGAUUCUUAUACAAGAAAUAUAUAUUCAAUUUCAUGUAAUUUGACAAGGAUUUAUAGCUUCACAGCCGUGGUUUAUAUUUUCUCACCGUUUCUUGAAUACGCAAUAUAUAUAUAUACAGAGCAAAACGUUAAUAGCAUGCCACAUAUAUUGCCGGAAUGGUCUCCUUUAGAGUCUUACACAGUCGGAUACUUUGUGACCAUUUUAGCAGAAGGUGUUGCAGCUCUCUAUUGCGUUAAAGUGCAUAUAGCUUUUGAUUUGACAGCAGUAGGUUUGAUGAUUUUCAUUCGUGGUCAGUUUUCUUGUCUACAUAAAUACAGCGAGCUAAUAGGAGGCAGAGGAAUGUCAUGUUAUUUACAGGAUAAGAGAGAUAAACGAGCUUACUACAGAAUAUUUAAAUGUCAUCAUAUUAAUGUUCUAUUAAUUAAUAUAAUACAUGAACUUGAAAUAUUAAUUCGAAAUAUUUUGGGGAUAUACUUCUUUGUGGCGACCCUAACGCUUUGCUCUGUUGCAGUACAGUUGAAUGAGGAGCAGGUUAGCACGACGCAAUUGAUAUCUCUUUUACAGUACAUGGGCGCGACAUUAACGCAAUUGUUCCUUUUCUGCCGUUACGGGGACGCAGUAUUUAAUGAGAGUUCUGUUGGACAAGGCCAAGGUCCAUUUGGCUCAGCGAGGUGGUGCCUCAGCUCGAAGGUUCAUAAAGAGAUUGCCAUACUUGGAGAAGGAAUGUCUCGAUCUUACAGACUUCGCGCUGGACCUUUUAAUUCACUCGAUUUACCAUCAUUUAUUCAGAUUAUUCGCACAGCUUACAGUUAUUACGCGUUUUUACGUCAAACGUAAAAGAACGUGACACAUUUAAACUUCUACGUAUUUAGGCUUUCUAGACAUUCUAAUUAAAAUGGUGUUGCUUAGAAUUUUUUGCAUUUCAAAUUAAUAAAAUUGUAUUGUAAUUUUUAAA